GGAGUAUUUGCUCCCACGUCCUGUAAUAAACAAAGACUAUAGAGCUAGCGUAGCCAAUCUGUCAACAUGAAUCCCCAUUUUUUAAGGCCAAUGAUCUCCCUUCUCUCACCUCUUCUCUUUUCUUUAAUUGUCUUUAUUGCCUUCUAUUCUGUGUACUCUAGCUAACCCCAUUUCCAUGCUUAGCUGAAUUGCCACAUUAAUUAUCAUCAUCAUCGAUCAUCACUACCUUGUAGCUGGAUCAAGGGUCAAGAUCCAACCCAAAUCUCAAGAAAUGGACAGUAAAUUCAGCAACAACAGGCACCGUUAUAUCAAUGAAUUACUAGAAGAAGAUGCUGAAGUAGCUCAUCAUCAUCAAGAAAACAUUGCUGAUUCCCCUCCUUCUUCCACCGCGUUUAACAUCGAUGGCUUGGUCACUUCCUCCUCCACUUCUUCAGCUAAGAGAAGCAGGCGAGCCAUACAGAAAAGGGUGGUGCAAAUCCCAAUCAAGGAGACGGAAGGAUCAAGGCUAAAAGCAGAAAACAACACACCACCCUCCGAUUCAUGGGCAUGGAGAAAGUACGGCCAAAAACCCAUCAAAGGUUCCCCAUAUCCCAGAGGGUACUACCGGUGUAGCAGUUCCAAAGGUUGUCCGGCGAGGAAACAAGUGGAGAGAAGCCGCGCGGACCCCACCAUGCUCGUCGUAACCUACUCCUCCGAGCACAACCACCCGUGGCCGGUUUCCAGGAGCAACAACCAAGCUAAACCGGCAGCCAAGAAGCCCGAACCGGAACCGGAACCGGUCGAGCCGGAGGAGAAGUUGGAGGACCUGGGCGGCGAAAACGAGCUGGGGUGGCUGGGAGUAGAGAUGGAGACGGCGUCAUCCGCUGCCGCCAUGCUCGAGAGCCCGAUCAUGGCGCCGGAGUUUGACGAGGCUGACGUGGCGUCGGUGUUUCUGCCGAUGAGGGAGGAGGACGAGCUGCUGUUCGCUGACCUCGGGGAGCUGCCGGAGUGCUCCGCGGUGUUCCGGCAUGGUUUGGUGGAUGUCCGGCGGCGGCUAGCGACGCCGUGGUGCGGGACCACAACAAGUUGACAUCUAUCCCGUGUGACACGUUCCAAGAAAAAGAUACCCGGAUUUUUAAAUUUUAUCUUCUUGUCAUCAGAUUUGAAUUUGAAUUUUUUAUUUUAUUUUUUUCUUUAAUGCUACUAGUUCACUUGAUAGUAGAUUGAAGAAAAAAAGGAAAAUAGAACAAGUGUGGAUGGAGAUGGGAAGCAUGGGAUAAGGAAUAAAACAGGGAAGGAUAAGAGGGAUUGGUUGAAUGUAAAUGUGUCUUUCAAAACCAGGUUUAUAUGUGGAAAAGUGAUUUUAGAACAAA